AUGGAUUUCUACAUGAACGCGACUUCAACUCCGAUCCCGACGGAGUGGCAAUUCGACGACAUGCUGGACGAGCUGCACAGAAGAGAUAAGCCGGAGUCGCUGUAUGAAACCGACUACAUGUCGGAGGAGUCGAGUGAAGCAGAUAGUGAUUACGAAGAGGACGAGGAACGAUGCACGAUGCCCGUCAGACAACACGCACCGUCCAAGAGAAUCCCCGACUACAAGGGACCCUCUGGUGCUGAAUCGAGUGACGAAGAAGAUGAGGAAGAUGAAGAAGAGGACGAGGAGGAAGCUGUGGCCCCAGUGAGACAUCGUGCUGCGCCGUCGAAGAGAAUCCCAGACUACAAGGCUCCAUCUACGGCUGAGACUGAAUCAUCGGACGAAAGCAGCGACGGAGAGAGCGGAAUGACGGAUGUGACGACGAAUUCGGCCGUUCGCUACUACGAGCAUCUGCUGCACGGCUACAGAAGACUUUGUGGUGGACAGCAGACGUCUGGCGAAGAUGAGGAAGAGUCGGAGAAGCCGAAGAGAACCGGCAACUGCAUGGCCGAGUGGACGAAUGAGAACGGAAAGAGAGAGGCUUGUGAAGACGAUGGUCCGGCGGAAAAGAGAAAGAGGUACUUCUAA